AUGUCAGCAAAAACAAGUAAACGGUCGUUACAGGCGCGGGGCCCAUUGGACACAUCUACCCCAAAACAUGAACAGUACAGUGUUGAAAAGAAGCAGGACGAGAAUUUUGAAAACAUUUCGUAUGAAUCGGAUCACACCGAGCCAAGACUUUCACCGGUUUGUUCACCGAAUUCUGCAGCUCAAAAAUCAGAGAGUGAAGGACUGAUGAAAACAGACUAUGCAGUAGCAUCAGGCGUAUCAUUUGUAGCCAGAUUUGCGGGUGUUGCCGUCUACGCAAAGGCGAUUUUACCAUGCUGGAGGAUGACACAGUCAGCAGUGAAAAAAGGUGCUGUUGCACAGGCAGCACCAUCGGUGAAGAAAAAUGGAUCGCGGCGCCGUUCACGUUCACGGUCACGCAGUCGAAAUAUACGUCGCUCCACGCCUACUAGAACGAUUCGUUCAACACCGGACACAAAGGUACCGCAGUUUCUGAUUUUUUAG